CAACUGAGUUAACAUUCGCAGAUAUCCAUUUGAAGUAAUCAAGAUGGUUGCAAUUUCAGCCUUGAAGAUGGAACGAGAUCAAGAAACCGGGAUUUCUAUCCUGGUGGUUGGCGCUGGUAUCUCAGGCCUGAGUUUUGCCAUCGAGGCGUAUCGCAAGGGUCACCAUGUACGCGUCGUGGAACGUCGAAUCCCCAAGGAGAGUGCUGGCGAAGUGAUCAGCAUCGCAGCCUCGGCCCUACACACACCAAAGAAAUGGCCGGGCUUCAUGGACCUCGCGAGGAAGAGGGCACUUCCUCCUUUGCUCACCAUCAAGAAAUCUAACGGAGAAAAGGUGGAAACUUUCAAUCUUGGGGAUGCGAACAAUCCAUCCCUGGCCAUCUAUCGAUCGGAACUUCACCUCGUGCUCCAUGAGUAUGCCGCGCUGCUCGGCAUUCCAAUUGAGUUCGCUGCAACGGCUGUAGGUUUUUUCGAAACUGAAGAUCAUGGCGGAGUAGUACUGCAGGACGGUCGCGAAAUAACGGCAGAUGUCAUAGUGGCUGCCGACGGAGUCGGCUCGAAGUCAUCGUCGCUCGUCGUUGGCAAGAAGACUGCCCCCAUAAGCUCGGGGUUCGUCUUGUAUAGGAUUACAUUUCCCGCAGCCCCUGCGCUGAAGAAUCCAGUUAUCGCCAAAGCAUUUGAAGGAAUUGGCGAUCAUACGUUGUUACACGCCGGUCCUGGCGCACAUAUGGUUUCCAACCUGUCUGGAGACGUAAUGUGCUGGAUGUUGACAUGCAGAGAGGACAGCGACGAAGCCGAAGAAAACUGGGCUAAAGCGACCUCGAUCGCCAGACCUCUGGAAGUGACCCAGGGCUGGGAGCCGUAUGUCACAGAGCUUAUCAAAGCGACACCUAACCACACUGUUCUGGACUGGAAAUUGAUGUGGCGCGAUCCGGAACCGCAUUGGGCAUCGCCUAUUGGCCGAGUUGUGCAGAUUGGAGACGCCGCACAUUCAUUUCUACCUACCUCUGCUAGUGGUGGAACUAUGGCUAUGGAGGACGCAUUCUCUCUAGCUGCUUGCCUACAGAUAGCGGGCAAGGACAAUGUGUGUAUGGCUACAAAGGUGCACAACCAUCUAAGGUUUGAACGAGUCUCGUCGGCCCAGAAAAUGGGAUUCAAAAAUCGAGAGGUCUUCCACAACACAGAUUGGGGUGUCGUUGCAAAGAACCCACAGGUUAUAGGCAAGAUGGUCGGGGAUUGGGUCAUCUAUCACGACCCAGAGCAGUACGCGUACGACGCCUACGCGAGCUGCGCACAGCAUCUUCUAGUAGGAGCACCAUUUGAGCAUAAGAACACUGUACCCGGACAUAGAUACACCCCUUGGACUGUCAAGGAGCUUCUUGAAGCUUCGGCCAGAGAUGAGCCUAUCGAGGAUGAAGGAGAUUGGUCUUGAGUGGAAAAAGGCAACUUAUAGAGGGCAGAGUAUUUGCGACAACUGUUGGUUACGAGCGAGUGUUCGGAAUUUGCGGCUAGG